AUGUCGAAAAUUCGAAGCUGUGGAUCGUUGGCCUCGGGGAACGCCCAUCUCUUGAAGGUGAAGGGUGAACCCCAAAGCAAAGAGGAUCGCAUCAAAGAUCUGGAACGUCAGAAGGAGGAGAAAUGCAGCGUGAGCUUGAAGCUCUUAGCUACAUGGACGGAUCUGAAGACAAUGCUUCACCGGCAUCUUGAUGAAAAGGAUCGAGCAUCCAGUGCUAUGAAGCGAUCGCCUCCAAAGUCAACCAAGAACACUCCAGUCAAGUCUACAGUUGCGACCAAGAAGACCCGAAAAGAAGGUGAUGCGAAGGCGAAGUGCAGCACAAAGGCUGCUGCGAAGUCAAAGCCUGCACCGGAGACUGGAAGCCCCGAUGGUGGGAGUGGCUCUACUUCGGAGGAGCCAUCCGUGAAUGACCUUCAGCAACAGUUGGACCAAGCCAGGGCUUUGAUCAAGACUUUGCAGAAGCAGUCCAAGGGUUCUGCCACCCCGCCCCCGGGUGGUGCGACCAAGCCAGCUACCCCUGCAUCAGCAGGUGAUGAGGUGGAGCUGGCCAAUGAUUGGCAUGAGCCCACCUCUGAGAAGGCUCCGGAGGAUGAUGGCAAAGUGCAAACGCCUGCCGAAGGGGAAGAGGAGGUUGAAAAGAAAUUCGCCGAUGGGAUGUUGACCAAAAUGUCAAAGAUCACGGACUUGAUUUCAAAGUUGGAUUCGUUUGCCAAUGGGGAAGACAAGAGCCGUGUGAAGAAGUCCAUCGAUGCCUUGGAGUCAAAGCUCAUGGCAGCACAGACCGCCUAUGACAAGUUCGCAGCGGUCAGAUCUUCACUGGGUUCCACAGCACGCACUGAGGAGAACGCAAAGGAGCUCAAGGUGACUAUGCGUGAGGCCAUGGAGAAGUGUCCCGGCAUGGCAUCGGCGCUUGCAUCGGCUGAAGUCCAAGCGAGGACCCUCACCUGCAGAAAGCGCAAGUGGCAUGUGCCCAAUGCACAUGAUGCCUCUUGCAGAGAUGCUAUCCGACAGGCACGGGUGACAAGAGUGAAGGCCAAGGGGCUGAAGAAAUUGGCCAAGGUCAAGUUGAAACGGAGUGAGGAAGGGGCACACCAUGUGUUCCAAAAGUUUGGCCAAUCCCUGGAUGUCAAGAUUUCCAAGACCGAUUUGCCUUCCAAGAAGAACUUCCCAUACGUUACCUUUACGGACUGGUUUCGCUAUGUCGUAGAAUGUGACAACUUGGAAUAUUUGGUCGGUGUAUCAGAAGUUGCUGACAUGAAGAAAAUUCUGUCUACAUUUUGGACUCGAUUUACAGCACUUUACCCACAACACGUGGUAGCUCAAAGGGCAGUGACAGAUGCUGACUUUUCACCGGAGAUGUGCAUACCAGUCCUUUAUCACGGAGAUGAGGGGAGGGGGCUGAAGAAAAAACAACUGAUGGUGCUGUCGACACAUGGGAUGUUAGGUAAAGGCUCUGAACCUAGCAAAAAGGCGUCCAAUGACAUGAAUGACCCCAAUGGACCAUUGAGACUCAAUAUGAUUGGCAACAGCUAUUUGAACCACUUUUUGCAGUGUGUUCUACCCAUCAGUCUUUACAACGAGACACCAGAGGCACUGUAUCAUAUGUUGGACAUCCAGGCGAAAGAGUUUGCUCACCUUUUUGAGAGAGGGGUGGUUGUCAAAGGCAUGCGUUUCUUUAUUUGCUGUGUGGGUGUGAAAGGUGAUGCACCGUUCCUGACAAAGAGUGGAAUGUUCCUACGAUCCUUCUCACGAAGGCCAACUCGGGCUUCCAGCAAGAAGCCGUGCACAGGGAUUUGUCAUUUGUGUUUCGCUGGUAGGGAAGACUGUGACCAGCCUUUCCCAUUUGAAGAGUAUGGUGUGAGAUCCCCAGCAUGGCUGCAAACGGUUGGAUUGGAGCGGCCAUUCUCAACACCAUCCCCGCUGUUGCAAAUUCCUUUUGGGGUGGAUGGUACCGAUGAAACACUUUGGUGUUUUGACCUUUUCCACAACUUUCACAGUGGCAUGGGGAAGUAUUUUGCAUCCAGUGCCAUUUGCGUUUGCAUGGAGUUGAUCGAUCGAACCAUUGAUGAGUCAUUUGAUGUGCUCACUCAAGACUUCAAGGACUAUUGUCGCCGAAAUAGAGAAAGCCCUUACCACAAGAAGAUCACGAAAUCCUUGUUGGGAGUUGAGGCAGGUUUCCGUGAUUGCCCCGAUGGAACUUGGAGCAAAGGGGACUUCACACGACUGAUCUUGAAAUGGUUUGGUGACUACUGUUCACGCCAUGUGAUCGGCAAAACAGAGGAUGUUCUGUACUUGAAAUGUGCUGAAGCUGUUUUCGCUAUCAAUGAUUGCUUGGGCGGAUUGUAUCGCUCGGGGCUCUUCAUCCCAUCCCAAUGUGCGCAGAGAUUGGCAAGUCAGGGCCUUCUCUUUUUGAGGCUUUACUCUGAGCUCGCUGGGCUGACCUAUUUGAGAAAGCUGCGGCGCUUUCCAUUGGCGCCGAAAGGCCAUUACCUUCACCACCAGUUUCUCACUUUGUAUUUCCAAUCCCGACGAUGCCAAUGGGCGUUGAAUACUUUGUCGAUGUCAGUUCAAUUAGAAGAGGAUUUUAUUGGCUGA